GAAAGGGGGCAAGGCCGUCUCCAAGGGGCGCCAAAGCUCCGCCUCUCUCUGGCUAGGUUGGCCAGGCCGAAUUAGCUAUGGGAUGACGCGGCCACGAACGUGGACGACCGCGCGCGCCUUUCUGAUCCGCCGGUGACUCGGCCGGCCCGGCUGCUGACUCCGCAUGCCCGCUGCCUUUGCCAAAAGGAUCCACCACCGCGCGCGCGCGGCCGCCUAUAAAAGCCCGGCCACCGCAGCGGCACUCCGGUACCAAUCCCCGAUACCUUACUCGCUAAGUUAACCCACCACCAACACCACCACCAGCGCAGCGCAACGCACGGCGGACCUAGCUAGUUGAUCGAUCGUUCUUCGUCGAGCUUUCUGCAGCAGUCAGCCAAGAUGAAGUCCAGCAGCGGCGGCCAUGUCGUGGGAGUCCCGGUGACCUCCAAGGCGUAUGGGAUUGAGGAGAAGGCGCCGUCGGCCAGGGACGGCCAGUCGUUCAGGAAGGCCGACGGCGAUCACCUUGCUGUCUCCUUGACGAAUCCUAGCCCCUACACGUCUUUCGGCUACAAGCACAGCAGCAAGGGUCAGGUUGUCCACUGGGUGAGCAAGCUGAGCAGAAGGGCGCAAGGCUUCCGUGAGCAUGUGACGCUGGGUCCCAAGAUAUCGGAGACCGUGAAGGGGAAGCUGAGCCUGGGGGCCAAGAUCCUGCAGGCCGGCGGGAUCGAGCGCGUGUUCCGGAAGGCCUUCACGGCCGAGAAGGGCGAGCGGCUGGUGAAGGCGCUGCAGUGCUACCUCUACACCACCGGCGGCCCCAUCGCCGGCAUGCUCUUCGUCUCCACCAAGCGGAUCGCCUUCCGCAGCGACCGGCCCGUCACCGUCACCUCCCCCAGGGGCGACGUGGCGCGCGUCUCCUACAAGGUGGUCGUCCCGCUCAAGCGGAUCGACAAGGUGCGGCCCAGCGAGAACGUCGACCGGCCGGAGGAGAAGUACAUCCACGUCGCCACCGUCGACGGCUUCGAGUUCUGGUUCAUGGGCUUCGUCAGCUACCAGAGGUCCUGCAAGUACAUGCAGCAGGUCAUCGGCGGCGUCGCGGAGCUGCAAUGACUAGCCGGGCGGCGCGGUCCGCCGGAGGAAGACGUACGCGAGGCCCGCCGUUUGUUCCGUCGGCACGAUGAGAAGUGGAGUUGUGGGCUGCUGCUGCUGCGCCAUCUUUUGCUGUAGAGCAGUAGUAGUAGCCCUGGCUGGAAUUGCUCGAUCUUAUUUCGGAUCGGAGCAACUUGGAUCCUUCCGCGUACGAUUUGGAUUGGCUUAUGUUUUUCCAAGCGAUUGCUUAAUUUGUACUAGGAUGGGCAAAGAAAUUAACCGUGCUGCGUGUGAAUGAAUGGAAAGGCAGUUGUUCAAAAUUA